CAAUGAUGAAUUUUGAUUUUGAGUGUGGCUAUUCAAUCUGCCAGUUCAUUCAUUCAUUCACUGUCUUUUCUGCUCACCGCAACCUCACUUAACAAUCGCUGCUACCCGAUUGUUGGGCUCGAGUCUAUUGUUGCCGGUGACCCCACGCACACAAGUUUGAAGGGAGCAGUUUUGCCUAUACUGCCCGACAACCGACUGUGAACAACCGUCCUCGCCCACAUUCGGUAGCCUCUUCUGCGAUCGCGUUCAAGUUCGAUUCUCGACACAACAGGCACAAUGUCGGACAAGUUAACCAGGAUUGCAAUUGUCAACAGCGACAAGUGCAAACCGAAGAAAUGUCGACAGGAAUGCAAGAAGUCCUGCCCUGUGGUUCGAACCGGCAAACUCUGUAUCGAAGUUACUCCCGAGUCCAAGAUCGCCUAUAUCUCUGAGCGGCUGUGCAUCGGUUGUGGUAUCUGCCCGAAAAAAUGCCCCUUUGGAGCAAUCCAUAUCAUCAAUCUGCCAACCAAUCUUGAGACUCAAGUCACCCACCGAUACUCGGCAAACAGUUUCAAGUUGCACAGACUUCCUAUGCCCCGACCUGGGCAGGUCCUUGGUUUGGUUGGUACCAACGGUAUUGGCAAGAGCACGGCCUUGAAGAUUCUCAGUGGCAAGUUGAAGCCAAACUUGGGAAGAUAUGACAAUCCUCCGGACUGGGAGGAGAUACUGAAGUACUUCCGUGGAUCUGAACUGCAGAACUACUUCACAAAGGUACUUGAGGAUGACCUCAAAGCCAUUGUCAAGCCACAGUAUGUGGAUCAACUCCCGCGCGCCAUCAAAGGUCCCGUCAAGACCGUCAAGCCUCUCAUCGAAGCCAAGUCUGAACUAGGCAACCUGGACCAUAUUAUGGAUGUGCUUGAAUUGAGAAACGUUGCGGAUCGAGAAAUCGGCCUCCUUUCUGGUGGUGAGCUGCAGCGGUUUGCCAUUGCGCUUGUCUGCGUCCAGAAGGCGGACGUUUACAUGUUCGACGAACCCAGUUCGUACCUCGAUGUCAAACAGCGUCUGAGUGCGGCCAAGACUAUCCGCGAGCUGCUUCGCCCUGACGACUAUGUUAUUGUCGUGGAGCACGAUCUCUCUGUUUUGGAUUACCUUUCCGACUUCAUUUGCGUUCUCUACGGUAAACCCGCCGUCUACGGUGUGGUCACUCUCCCUGCCUCCGUGCGAGAAGGUAUCAACAUUUUCCUGGAUGGCAAUAUCCCCACGGAGAACCUGCGUUUCCGUGAGGAAAGUUUGACCUUCCGACUCACGGAAGCCGGUGAGGACUACAUGGUGGAUAAGGCACGUGCUUUUGAAUAUCCGACCAUGGAGAAGACACUUGGAAACUUCCAUUUGAAAAUCGAAAGUGGGAGAUUUACCGAUUCUGAAAUCAUUGUCAUGAUGGGAGAGAACGGAACUGGCAAAACCACGUUUUGUAAGAUGCUCGCCGGCAUUGAGAAGCCCGAUGGCCUCCAGAAGGUCCCUCCGAUGAACAUCUCCUUUAAGCCGCAGAAGAUUACGCCAAAGUUCCAAGGCACUGUUCGGCAACUCUUCUUCAAGCGUAUCAAGGCAUCCUUCUUGAACCCCCAGUUCCAGACCGACGUCUACAAGCCAUUGAAGAUCGACGAUUUCAUCGACCAAGAAGUUCAGAAUCUCUCCGGAGGUGAAUUGCAACGAGUCGCCAUCGUCCUCGCUCUGGGCCUUCCCGCCGAUAUCUACCUGAUUGACGAGCCUUCCGCUUACCUGGACUCUGAACAGCGUAUUAUUGCUGCCCGCGUGAUCAAGCGAUUCAUCAUGCACAGCAAGAAGACCGCCUUCAUCGUCGAGCACGAUUUCAUCAUGGCCACGUACUUGGCUGACCGUGUCAUCGUGUUUGAUGGAAAGCCCUCGGUCAACGCUCGUGCCAACACUCCUGAGAGUCUCUUGACCGGGUGCAACAAGUUCCUCAAGAAUCUGGACGUCACUUUCCGCCGGGACCCCAACUCGUACCGCCCGCGAAUCAACAAGUACCAGUCCCAGAUGGAUCAGGAGCAGAAGCUUGCUGGAAACUACUUCUUCUUGGAAGAGAGUUGAAAUCCCUGUUUUCACCAAGGGCAUUUUUGAGCACGAUUACCGUCAUUUGGACGGUCACCGCAAACAGCACCACCAGGGAAACCAUGACCGCCAGCACCAUGAACCAUUGCCACCCCCACCCAACAACGAUAACUCUGUGGGAUUGGACGCAACGGCUACGGGUGCAGUUGCGAAGGCAGGCCGCGGCGGCCGGGGAGUAGCUGGCGCCGAGGAUGAGUGUGGGGAAGGAGACGACGACGACGACGACGAAGAGGGCAAAGCAACUAGCGGUUGGCGAAUACCUGCAUUUGUCAUGUCCGCUAGAGCUUUGACAUGUGGCCUAAGUGGUCGCUUCCCAAGUCAAAACUGAGGCAUAGUCGAGUCAAAGGAACGGAGAGGUUUGAAGAUGAACCUGAAGGAGCAGCAUGGAAGAGUGCGCUAGGCACAGGAAACAGCAGUAGAAGAAAUGAGUUUGGAAUCUCAUGAGCACAGGACCAACGGUCGAACACACAGGACUAACCCAGAGUCACUCGUUUAGAAUCAAAGCCGGCAACCUGCCGUACUUCUCAACCGA